AUGGAUAUUUUUGGUAUUGAGGAUAACUUGGUUUCCGUCAACAGCUUCGACAUUGAUCCAGUCGAAAUUGACCCAUCAACUGUGGCCAUCUUGGACGAUUUGAGCGAACUUUACAAUCCCCACAGUGAUCCGACGAUAAUAGACCCAUUAAUCACUCCAAUCAGUCUUACUCACCAAGAUGACGAGAAUUAUCCUGAAAUUUUCUUUACGUUUUGGGAAUGUCUAAUCUAUCCAAAAGCUACCGAUACACCAACAUCUUCUACUUUAAGAGGUGUUAAAAGAGCCCACACCGGAGACGGUGGAUAUGGAGACAGUGGACACCAAUUUAAGCGAAACAGGCAAAAUUUCACAGGACAUUCAGAUGCUGAUAAUCAUUCCAUAGAUGAUCAACCCAUGGAUAAUCAUUCUUCGGAUUUGUUCAACGAUGAUCUUUCAAGCCCAACUUUUGCGAGGGAUAGCGAGAAACGCCAAGCAGAUCAAGUCUUCGAAGGAGAAAUCAAUGGUCUUAUUGUCAUUCCGAACACUGUCUUUUUAGAAAAUGAGCCUCCAUCCAAGCGCAAAAGGCAAAAUGCCAUCACCGACACUUCGUCAGGAUCUUCUCGAUAUCAUGAGGGUAACAUCGCCAGCAGUGGAAGCUCUUCUGAAUACGAUGAAUGUGAGAUCUGUGGCUGUAACGAUGAAUUUCAUGAGAUGCUCCAGAAGAUCUUCGAGAACAUCGAGCUGGAAAUGAAAGGGCGUUUUCAUCUCGAAGGAUGUGUUCAUGUGAGAUGA